ACGGAGCGCCGUUUCUUUGCAGACACUCGGAGCUGCGCUGCGCACCGGACGGUCCGCUGUUCGCCGGAGUUCGCCUGGAGCCUUUUUUCUUUGUUCGCUCGGUGAAGCGUCAGGAUGAAUGUGGGGAUCCCGGAGGGCUGCUUUCUGUCCGCCCUGCAGCCCAACUCCUCCUGCACCGCUUACGUGGUCCCCUCGGACGGCCCGUCUCCGGACCCGGUGGCGAAAGCUCGGAGGGUCCGGGAGCAGGUCCGGAUGCGGCUGGCUGAGAGGAAGUCGUCCUCCCUGAGCAGGCUGGAAGGAUCAACAGACCCUCCUGAGAUGAAGAGCUACGGCCACGCUCAGGGUUUCAGCUCCAGAUCCAUGAUAAACACGCCGAGCCGCGUCAUGGCCGUGCCCACUGUGCCUCUUCCUGCCUCGGGCUUCUCGUCUCGCUCUGCUGUGGACACCACUUCCCGGCUGACCCACAAAGGUGCGGCUGUGGUCCACAGCAGCUCUCAGAUCUCCCAGGUGUACAGCAGAAGCAGACGCUCUAAGUCGCUGACCCAGGGCGAGCACGAGGCACUUCCUGUCACUUCCUCCGGCCGUCUAGAGAACCCUUUGCUUUCUCUCCCUGCGCCUCCACCAGGUACCCUGAGGCGCAGCCUCAGUGGGAUUCUGGCCCAGGAGAAAGGUUGCUGGCAGGAGGAGGAGCUUCCACAGCAGUACACCUAUAAAGGCCCCGCCCACCGCACCAUCAGCCGCAUCACCAACAGACAGCAGCACUACCAGCAGCAGCAGAGCUCCAGCCUAGGCCAGGAGGGCUGGGUGGGGAACGGCAGGGGCGUCCCCACUGGGGGGGACACCUGGGGAACACAGUGGCACCACCAGCAGCAACAACAGCAGCAGCAGCACGUGUCCAGGACCUCCGGGACCAUGCACCGCGCCGCCUCGCUCCGCAGCCUGAGGAGUGUCGGGAAAGGAGUGGACGUCUUCGAUGGAGCGUCGAUCCACAGCAACGACCCGCUGGGAGAGAUGCAAAAUCUGGACAUGCCCACGGCUGUCAAGUAUCUGUCCGAGUCAGACGCUCACUUGCAGGUUGUUGGAGCUGCGUUCGUUCAGCAUCAGUGCUUCCACAGCAGGGACGCCAAACACCAGGUCCGAGUUCUGCAAGGUGUUCCAGCUCUGGUGCAACUUUUCUCCAGCGACAACCAGGAAGUGAAGCGUUACGCUACUGCCGCCACGAGGAACCUCAUCUACGAGAGCGCCGAGAACAAGGUGGCUCUCAUCGACGCCGGCGGGCUGACACCUCUCAUUAGCCUCCUGAACGAACCUGACGAGGAGCUGCGAAAGACCAUCACAGGCGUCCUGUGGAAUCUGUCCUCCAGAGAUAACCUGAAGGAGAAGCUGUCCCGGGAGGCGUUACCUGUGCUGACACAGAAAGUUCUGAUUCCUCUGUGCAGGAGCAUCCCGCUAAGUCCAUCGGAGAGAGACAUCUUUAACAGCACCACCGGCUGCCUCAGGAACAUGAGCUCCGUGAACGAGAGAACGAGGCAGAAGAUGAGAGAAAUGCCCGGCCUCGUGGACUCUCUGGUGACCUACAUCCAGCAGGAAGAACAGGGCGACGAGAAGGGUUUGGAGAACUCCCUGUGCGUGAUGAGAAAUCUGUCCUAUCAGCUGUACUCGGAGCUUCCCCCCUCAGUCCAGCUCCGCCUCGAGGGCCCGUCGAGAGCUUCUGCCAACAGAGAGAUCGAGACCAUCGGCUGCUUCACUCUGUACAGCAAGAAGAACGUGGAGCGGCAGAAUCACCAGAACUUGCCCACCCUGUCUCAGCCUAAAGGGUCCGAGUGGCUGUGGCACCCGAAGGUGGUGGGGCUCUACAAGCUCAUCCUGCAGAACAGCGACUACAGUUCCUGCAGCCGCGAGGCCGCCAUCGGAGCCCUGCAGAACAUCACCGCGGGAGAUGCCAGGUGGGCGUCCGUGCUGAGCAUGGUGAUUAUAGAGAAGGAGCGGAUGCUUCCCAUCCUCCUGGACCGGCUGGACACCAUCAGUGAUACGGAGCUCAGGCCUCUGAGCGGCCUGCUGAGGAAUCUGACCCGGCACGCCACCGACAAACAGCACAUGGCUAAGAACAUGGUGGGGCUUCUGGUGUCCAAGCUUCCCGCAGACGGCCUGCAGAAAAUGCCAUCCAGCGACGUGGUGGUCAACCUCUGCGGAGCCCUCAACCACCUGGUCACCUGCAGCUCCUCGGCAGCCCGCGACGUCUGUCACUUCAACGGCAUCCCCAAACUGGUGGGCAUCAAGACGUCCCACGACAGCAGCUCCGGGAGUCAAAAAGCUGCCCGAGCAGCCUCGACCGUCCUCUGCAACAUGUUCCAGUACAAGAAGCUGCACAGAGACUACAGACUGAAAGGAUUCGGCAAACGAGACUUCGCAGACGGAUCCUUCUAGGCUCAGCGUUUGACCUCGGGACCAAGACGAAGUUGACCGAACCCGUUAUGUGACUGCGACCGACUUCCAGGAAGGCGAUAGUGACCCGGAGCCGCGCAAACGCACGUGGCCUUUGGCAGCUGUGCGUUCGCUCAGCCGCAGAGAGUCUGACGGGAAGCUCGACACGGACACACGUCAGAGUCCGACUCCACGCCUUGGACGUGUUCGCGUUACGUGCGGUGCUCGUAGAGUUUAGCUUUGGUUGCCGAUGCGUUCACUUACCGUUGUAAAUAUUGAUGCACAUGUGUGCCUUUUAGGGUGUGUUCACAUCAAACAUGAAGGUUUCACCUCAUGUGACUGCAGUCACCGUGGAAACUGGAGCAUUCACCCCUGUGAUGCCGAUGGUUCAGUCGGCGUCCACGUGGCGCUGGAGAAUCCCGGCUCUCCCGUGUGAAGGCAGAUUUGCCCCCGUUUGUAUCGCCCAGCAUGAACUUGCCUCAUUGCAUGAACUUUGUCUGUAAUCACGCUCCACGUUUGUUGUGAACACACCGUUGAAGACCUGCAGGUCACCACUCACUCAUUACUUUUUUAAUCCAAAGGUCAGAGGUCAGAUCUUCAGACUCUAACGACGUCUCACAGGUGCGUUCUGGCAGGUGAGCGGCGACCUGGGGCGUGCUUAGAGGUUAAAGGAUGAUUCGGUUUAGUUUAGCCUGACUUGUUUUCGUGGGCGACGGCUGUUGGGAUGAUUUUGUCGGAAAGCUGUGAGCAGAUCACGCGCCGCGAGCGGAUCUCGCGCGGUUUGCUCACCGAUUUCUGCAACUUCUGCUUCUCACGGCAGAGGUGUGAGUUGAGUUAAAGGGAAGCACAGAGGGUCGAAAUGUAGACGUGAUGAUUUCGCGUGUAGGAACAUUUUCUAACUGUUAAUAAAAGGUAAUAAAACUGAAGUGAAUACUUUAACUCCUGUAUCUGAAAUGAAGAUUAACAACGAUUGCUGAUUGGUUGGUUUGUAAACCAUGAACGAACAAAUGCGUGGAUGUUUCUAAACUGUGUCAAUAAAUACUGUGCAUUAACA